CUCUCAUCCCUUGUCUUUGUCUCCUCGCGGUGAGAAGACAAACCCGCCCGGGAAAGACAAAAAAGAAGCGCUUCUUCUCUCUCUCUCUCUCCCUCUCUCUCUCCCUCUAUUGAGUCAAGGAAAGAGCAGAAAUCGGGACUGGACACUUUGUUUGGAGGGGAAAUUAUCUCUCGCAUGAGGCGAGCCGGAUCUGUCCUGUAUACAGAGGAGCGCGCAGUGCUGCACCUUUUCAAUGGAUUUCAAUACAGUGGAAGUACCCUGGGAAUUUAACGAUUGUUAAUUCGCAUCAACUUAAGAAAUUACGUUCCAACAAGGGGUUUUGUUUCCCACGCAGAGGAAAAACGAUGAUCCUCGCUGUGUUUUAUGUUCUUCUUCCUGUUUUAGAUGUGUUGUCUUACGCGGAGGAGAACCUGCGUGCCGGGGCCACCCGGCUGGACUGCGUGCGGGCCAACGAGCAGUGUCUGAAGGAGCAGGCGUGCAGCACCAAGUACCGCACGAUGAGGCAGUGCGUGGCCGGCGGCAAGGAGAGCAACUUCAGCAUGGUGGCCGGCCUGGAAGCCAAGGACGAGUGCCGGAGCGCGAUUGACGCGCUCAAACAGAGCCCGCUGUACAACUGCCGGUGUAAAAGGGGCAUGAAGAAGGAGAAGAACUGCCUGCGCAUUUACUGGGGGAUGUAUCAGAGUUUACAAGGUAAUGAUUUCUUAGAAGACUCUCCAUAUGAACCCGUGAACAGCCGCCUGUCUGAUAUUUUCCGUCUGGCUCCCAUCAUAGAGGGUGGGGAACCUUGGAGCACCUCUGCCACUUCGGCUCUGGGCAGGGGGGGCACCCAGGGCAGGUUUUCCCAGGGCAGAGAGCCUGCUCUGGGCAGAGGGAGCCCUUCCUCCACGGAACUUCAGGAUCCCAGUAGAAACAGGAGAGCUCAUCCCAAUUGGGCCAUUCUGGCCCCCCUCCUCCACCACCACCACCCCAACUACAACUCCACCCCUCCCACUCAGUUUUCCUCUUUCAACCUGCCAGCAGAGGUAGAGGAGUUCUCAUCCAUCUUCAAGCCAGACUUUGACACGUCUGGAUGUUAA